AUGCCACGUAAAGGAAAAGGAAUCCGGGUCCAAUAUGAUCAUAUGUCAAUGGACAAAGCUGUCACCGCUGUUAAAGCUCAUGACUUAUCUAUACGACAGGCAGCUAUAACAUUUGGGGUACCAAAGUCAACUUUGGGAGAUCGUUUGUCCGGUCGGGUAGAGGAGGGUUCAAGCCCAGGGAAGCGUCCCUUUUUCCCACUGGAGGUCGAGAACGAGGUCGCGGAGAAAAUUAAGAUCGCAGGCCGGAUGGGCUUCGGCAUCACUAGGAGCCAAUUAUGUUUAAAAAUGGCUCGGCUCGUCACAGCCAUGAAACUCAAGUCGCCAUUUAGAAAUGGUGUACCGGGGAAUGACUGGCUUGAAGGUUUUUCAAAGAGGCAUCCCGACGUGUCCCUUCGUUCACCAACUCCUCUUAACAAUGUGAGAGCGCGCAUGCUAAAUCUAGAGGUGACGAGGAAGUACUUCCAUUCGUUAAAUCAAACCCUAAUAUCUCUUAACCUACAUCAAAAACCAAAAGCUAUCUGGAACAUAGAUGAGACCAAUGUGUCUUUAACUCACAAGCCUUCAAAAGUCCUCGCAGAGUUAGGACAGAGGAAUGUUCCAGGGAGAGUGGGGAAUUGUCGGGAUGGGGUGACGGUGCUUGCGUGCAUAAACGCAGCGGGAGAAGACAUACCACCUUUGGUAAUAGUGAAGGGUCUGACAGAAAAAGCCUUACGAGCUUAUAAUGUAUCAGAGAGUCCAAAUGGCACGAAAUUUACGUACCAGAAAAAGGCAUGGAUGGAGGAUGUUUUGGGUGUUCAAUGGUUCGAGAACCAUUUCUUAAAACAUUGCGGACCAGAGAGGCCUCAACUGAUCAUCCUAGACAGCCAUAGCUCCCACGAAACUCUAGGUCUCAUAGAAGCUGCCAGACAGAACAAUAUAAAUCUAUUUGCCCUUCCACCCCACACAACACAGUAUUUAAAUCCGCUUGAUAAAACUGUCUUUGGACCCUUUCAGCGCGAGUACAAUCGGCAAUGUACAGAUUUUAUGAGCCUCUCUCCUAACAACAUGGUGACCAAGUGGGAAUGGCCCAGGCUUUUCAAAAACGCAUACAUAAAAACUGUCAAUAAAGAUAACAUUACAAAGGGUUUUGAGGUUUGUGGGAUUCAUCCUUUCAACGCCGAGAGAAUCGCUCAAUCAGCCUUUGCUCCAUCUUUCCCGUUCGACAAUAUGUCCGCUAUACCCGCAACUUCCGUUGAUGGAUUGCAACCGUCCGCUCACCCAACGGCUUCUGAGAGAGGAUCUCAUCCGUCUGCGCCCUCUGUGCCUUCCGAGACUAUAUCUCAUCCGUCUGCGCCCUCUGUGCCUUCCGAGACUAUAUCUCAUCCCACCUCCUGA